GGUCCAUCCCAGUGAUGGGAGGUGUGUUCCUCUGUCCCUGAUAACCUUAUGUGCUCACACUCAGUCUGACUCCCUGGGCCUGUACUCUGUACUGUGUGUCUGUCAUCACCCUCCCCAGUUAACUCCCUGAGUGCCAUGGACAAGUUACGUAUCUUCUUGCAGAGGACACUGGGGAGAGUCAGGCAUCACGUGGGGACUGAUCAGUUUGGGAAUAAAUACUAUUACAUCCCUGAGCAGGCAACCUCGACAGGUCAAAGAACUCGAGCAAGAAGGACGGUUGACUGUGUAAAUAAAAAAGAAUUUGAAUAUGAGCUAGGCAACAUUCCUACUGAAUGGGAAGCCUGGAUCAGAGGUAAAAGAAAAGAUCCUCCAACAAUUGAGGAAAUUCUUAAAAAUGAAAAAGUUAGAGAAGAAAUGAAAAUGAAAUGUAAAGAAGCAUCACAGGACUCAGAAAAUAAAGUUGGAGCUUUAGAUCCGCCAGAAAAAACCCAAGUUAAAGGACAUGCCUCAGCAAAUGUAUUUGGCAGAACCACAAUCUCCGAAGAGCCAACCAGUACUGGAAACACAUUUACACCGGGAUCCUGGUCACCAGGACAAAAGGACCAAAAAAAGUGAUUAAAUUGAAAAAAAAAUAAAUAAAAUUGUCACUCCAUCCCUAAUUAGAUGUACAAAAAAGACAGAUUUGUAAAACAUUGUUUAUUCAAAGUUUUCACACGUAUUUCUAAUAAGGCAGAUGAAUUGCUUUGGAUCCAUUUUGACAGGUUAUAAACCCCUAAAAUUAUGCCGCCAUAUAAUUUACUUGGAUCCUCCUUGAUAGGAAUGGGCAUAUCAUAUUUUUUUAUAUUUUAUUUUAUUUUUAUUUUGUUUUAUUCCAAAAUUCUUCAAUGUCAUUACAUGACAAGAAUUACAUACAAUGUAAACUCUGGCGCCUAUAUAGAUAUACAAUCAGCAAGUGUUCUUGACACAGUGAGGUAAAUAGCAUUGUGACAGCGAGUAAUUGAGUGGUUUACAACUAGCAGCGACAGGUAUACCCAUCUGCAUUUUUAUUGUUGUAAAUGCAUUAUCACAUAUUUUCACUUUACCAUAUCAUUCAACAAUAAUGACAUAUUGAACGUAUACCAUUAAUACAAAUAGGAACCGUAACUGAAGGGUAUUUGUGGAUUAACAUAAAAAGCGGGGGGGAUGAGAAAUUGUCUGUAUUAGUCUAGUGGUCUCUGCUAAGUUCGAACAUUGCAUUCGUCACAAAAACAAUUAUUUAACUGGCAUUGUCUUACUCAGUGCAAUGGAGAAAUUAAAUAAAUAUUUUAAUGGUAAACCUAUUAAAAAUAAAGAAUGACUCACUGAAUUAAUUUUACAAUUAAAGGUAAGGGUUGCCAAGCUAAUGUAAUAGAUAGGCCGUUGAUUAAAUAAAGUAUAUUUUGCUUCAAGUAGAACA